ACCCCUGCACAGUUGUGCUCGAUCUCCUUCCUUUAUACUAAACUCUCCUUCCACUUCGCCCCGUUUUCUCUUUUCAUUUUUUAUAUCUGUUAUACCAACUGUCAUUUACGCGGCCGCCAUGGAAGAAGGUUCGUCGCGACGUUCCAAACGCCCCUUCGUUGAUGUUGAGGAUGAUGACUCCAACAAAGCUCCAACGCAGAAGCGGGUAAGGUUUCCAAAGGGUAAGAAAGUAAAGCAGGGAGAUAACACGAUUGAGGGGCGGGAAGAUUUGCCUGGUGGGUGGAGAGAUCCUCGCCUUGCAGCCAAAGAGCGUUCGGUACGGAGGAAUCAGAUAACAGCGGAGCUCCUUGACGAAGAAAAUGAAGGUGAAAUAGCUGACAUAUCGCGAGCAGAAGUGGAAUAUGGGGAACAUGAAACAUUCAUUGAUGAUGGAAUUGCAAUAGAGCCUUUUAAUCUGGAUAAAGAGAGAGAAGAAGGUUAUUUUGAUGCAGCAGGAAAUUAUGUUGAAUAUUUAAAUGAAAAUGAGAUCAAGGAUGCAUGGCUUGAUAGUGUUGAUACCGAGAAAAGAUUUUCUGGGAAGAGUGCUAUCAGGAUAUCAAAUGAGGAUGAGAUUCAAGACCUUACGGCAGAAGAACUAGGAACGAUGAAGAGGCGCAUUGCUGAUGUGCUUGAGCCGGGAGAAACAGUUUUGCAAGCUUUAAGGAGAUUGAAAGGUACCUCAAACAAUAAAAAGUGCAAAAUGUCUGCAGAAACUAAGCAGCUGUUUGAUCAGCUAACGGAAGAUGCUAUGAAGCUGAUGGAGAAUGGAGACCACAAUGUGUAUGAUGAAAAGCAAGAGAGUUUCCAGCGGGAAGCAGAGGGGUAUGAGAAGUUAGCUCAGGCAAGACAGGGUAAAUCUAUUGACUCGAUGCAGCCUAAGCCCGAUAAUGUCCUCGAUGAACAUUUCCUUCCCAGUGGGUCAACUGCAACAGCAGGAGGACAUUCUAUGCAUAAUGCAGAUGUGGCUUCGUCGAAUUCAUAUAACUCAGCUAAUAAGAGUGAUGAUGCAUAUGACAUGUUUGGUGAAGACGAUGAAAAUGUUCCAGCUAAUCCUGCCUCUAAUGGAGGUGAUCAGCAUGGCGAUUAUGUCUUUGAUGAGUCCUCUGGUUAUUACUACAGCAGCAGUUUGGGCCACUAUUAUGAUCCAGCAUCUGGACUGUAUUGUCAUGCAGCAUCAGGACAAUGGUACUCAUAUAAUGAUGAAUCGGGCAUAUACGAAGAGGUGCCGCAAGGUACAUCCAACGCAAGUUGAAAGAGGCCUAGAUCUUGUACAGGACUGGUGGUAGUUUUGUUCGGUAGAGGUUAAGAAGUUGAUAUUUCCUGUUGGAAAACCUGUAGAAGCCGUUGGCUCUGCUGCAUGUGUCGAACUUACUGAAUCUCAACCCUCUGUGAAACAGCAUAGUCUAUAAACUGUGCUGAUGUCAAAAUGCUUUUGUACUCUGCCCACUGUAAUAGCAAAUUUUCACAUUUCCUUGCAGUGAAUUCAUAGCAUGUUAUAGGUUUGUUUUCUGGAUCUUGUGACAAUCUGGUAGUUCUCUUGUUCUUUGUGACCGCAAGAUGCUGGCAUGCUGCUAGUUUCCAGUACCUCUCAUACGGUAAAGGUUCUCUAGUUUCUCCA